AUGGCUGAGUUGAGUGCAAUUGGAGGGUUUGUUGCUGGUGCCAGCGCGGCCUGCAUGGCUGUAGUGUGCACGAAUCCGAUCGAGGUGAUCAAGACGCGAGUGCAGCUUCAGGGAGAACUGAUGGCCAAAUCCAACGCCCCUCGAGUGUAUACUGGGCUUUGGCAAAGUUUGAAGCUUGUAGGACAUUACGAAGGUAUCCGUGGCCUGCAGCGUGGUUUGGGCCCAGCAUUCAUCUACCAGACUUGCUUGAACGGCACCCGCGUGGGACUUUACGAACCAAUUCGGCGAAGAACUAAUGAUCUGAUGGGCUAUGAUCCCAAUAAACAGGUAUACGGUGUGUCUAUUUUUGUUGCUACUGUCACUGGUAUGGCGGGUGCUAUUUUCGGGUCCCCGUUAUUCUUGAUCAAAACCCGCAUGCAGUCUUACUCCCCGGUGUUUGCAAUUGGACAGCAGACGCAGUACCGCAACACGUGGCACGCUUUGAAGGCUCUUUGGAGCGAAGGCGGUGUCGGUGCUCUGUAUCGAGGCUGCGGAGCGGCAGUGUUGCGAACUGGCGCAGGAUCAAGCGUCCAAUUGCCCAUAUACACGGCGGCCAAACAUUUCAUUGAAAACCGCAAACUGAUGCCUGAUGGACCCCCUACGCACUUGUCGGCUAGUGUCGUUUCCGGGCUGGGGGUCGCUGUCGUCAUGAAUCCGUUCGAUGUGGUCAUGACCCGUAUUUACAACCAAAAGGGCUCCAUGUACAAGGGAGUCUUUGACUGCUUUUACAAAACGGUUGCAUUCGAGGGACCCACUGCUCUUUACAAAGGUUUCGUGGCACAAGGUCUGCGAGUCGGCCCACAUACUGUUCUCGUGCUCACCUUCCAUGAGCAGACGUCCCGCGCAGUUCGGUGGUUUGAGAAUCGGGGCAAGCCUUUGGCCGCGGCAUAG